CCCAGAUUUUCCGUUCAUGUAUACACACUCACACACACACAGCACUGGGACGGACAGAGGGACGAAGCAGACAGGAACCUAAGAGAGAGCAUCAAAAAAAGGGAAGAACAUAUAGAACGGAGCUAAGGAAAGAACGACAAGCAGGAAUCAGACAGGAGAAAGAGGUGCUGUGUGCUGUGUUUACGUGAAACCACACAAACUUACCAAGAAGCACAAAACUACAACAUCAGAGACCUUCAACCAUCUCUCUGUUAGAAGAAGAACAAGCAAGAAAUCGACUCAGUAAAACUAAUUUUACUGCAAGAAAAACAUCGACCGAAGUAAAAAAAGAUGGCGCCCAAAAAGAAGGCCAACCGGCAAAAGAAGCCUGGCAUGGAAACCAUCUCCCCGGUCACCAUGGAGACCACGCCAACCCAGCUAAAGGUGGAGAGUCGGGGUGAUGGUGUGGUGGUGGUGGAGAGCGGGGUGAGGAAGAUCGAGCAGAUGGCGGCUCUGGACAUCGCUCAGCUCAACAGCCUGAACCUGCCGCUGCCGCUGCCUGUCAUCAAGCCCGGAGAGAGAGGCCUGGGCCUGGGCAGUGAGCUGACACGGCCGCUGCAUGGCAACGCUCUGCUGGAGGAGCUGAGCAAGAUGCGCCAGGAAAAGUUCCUGACUGACCUGGAGCUGGCCUGUAAGACCAAGGCCUUUGACGUCCACAAGCUGGUCAUCUCCUCCAUCAGUCAGUACUUCAGAGAGAUUCUGGCUAAAGAUCCAGGCAUGAAGCGCCUGGAGCUGCCGUCCCUGUCACCUCUGGGCCUGGCCAACGUCAUCACCUUCGCCUAUCUGGGUCGUGUCCACAUGUCCCUGUACACCAUCGGCUGCACCGUCUCCGCUGCCGCCACCCUUCAGAUCCCACAACUCCUGAAGAUGUGCAUGGACUUCCUGCUGGCCGAGCUCAACGUCCAGACGUGCGUCUACAUCUGGAACAUCGCCGCCGCCUACAGCCUGCUGCCUGUGUGCGACGCCGCCCGCCGCUUCGUCCUGGACAACUUUGUGCAGUUUGCCGACACCCCCCUGUUCAUGCAGCUGACCCUGGAGCAGAUCUCUGCCUUCCUGCAGGACGACUUGCUGAUGCUGCCUUCAGAGGUCACAGCCUUCCAGUUGGCCAUGAGAUGGCUCGACUUUGACGUCUCUCGUCAGGCCCACGCUGCUGAGCUCCUGAGUCACGUUCGCUUUGAGACCAUCCCGGCCAGCGAGCUGGUGAGUCAGAUCCAGCCGGUGCCCCGUAUGAUGCUGGAUCCCCAAUGUCACCGCCUGCUGGUGGACGCCAUGAACUACCACCUGCUGCCCUACCAGCAGAACACCCUGCAGUCCAGACGCACACAGGUCCGCGCCGGUCAGCAGACCCUGCUCACCAUCGGAGGUCGUCCGGCACUCACCGAGAGGGCACUCAGCCGGGAGGUGCUGUGGAGGGACUCUCGUGAGGGAGGAGCCUCCUGGCGUCACCUCUCACAGCUGCCGGCGAAGAGCUUUAACCAGUGUGUGGCCGUGAUGGACGGCUUCCUCUACGUGGCUGGAGGAGAGGAUCAGAACGACGCCCGCAACCAGGCCAAACACGCCGUCAGCACGCUCAGCAGAUACGACCCUCGCUUCAAUACCUGGCUCCACCUGGCCAGCAUGCGGCAGCGACGCACCCACUUCUCCCUGGCUGCGAGCGGCGGGCGAUUGUUCGCCAUUGGUGGUCGCAACGUGGAGGGCCUGCUGGCCACCACUGAGAGCUACCUGCCCUCGUCCAACACCUGGCAGAUGCGCGCACCCAUGGAGGUGCCCCGCUGCUGCCACUCCAGUGCCACCCUGCCCUCCGGAGACAUCCUGGUGACCGGUGGCUACAUCAACUGCGCCUACUCCCGCUCGGUGGCGUGCUACAACGUAAGCAAGGACACCUGGAGUGACAAGUCCUCCCUGGAGACUCCUCGUGGAUGGCACUGCUCCGCAACCCUGGGAGAGAAGGUGUAUGUGGUGGGAGGAAGCCAGCUGGGUCCUGGUGGAGAGAGGGUGGAUGUGAUCUCCGUGGAGGUCUUCUCUCCAGAGAGCGGGAUGUGGAGCAGAGCUGCUCCUCUUCCGCUCGGUGUGAGCACUGCCGGCCUGUCACCACUGGCUGACAAGUUGUACCUGCUGGGAGGCUGGAAUGAGAGGGAGAAGCGCUACAAGGCAGCAGUGCAGAAGUACGACCCGGCCACUGACAGCUGGUCUGCGGCUGAAGAUCUGCCAGAGCCGACGGUGGGAGUGUCCUGCUGUGCCUUGACCCUGCCACCCCGCCACACACCGCGCCGGCAGCAGCACCGCAACACGCCAACUCACGAAGAGCAGCAGCAGCAGGCGGUGAAGAACCGCAGCAGAGAGAGCAGCGUGACUCCAUCACAGACCAUCACAGCAUAAAGAUGCAAGAAAUCAGGGAGAGACUAGAAGAGAAGGUGGUUUAACCUCAGGAGAGCUGGAUCAGGGCUGCAACUCAUGAUUAUUUCUGUCAUGGAUUUGUGAAUUGUUUGGUCUGUCACAAAAAAUUUAAAAAAAUAACCACAGGGACUUUUUCAAAUGCCAUAGAUAUUCAAUUUAAAUCAGUGUUUCCCAAACAUUUUAUUUGGGGGCCCACCUAAUUUAAAAUAUGAACAGUAAAUUUGUGCAUAAUACAGUUUUACCUGACAAUGUCACUGUGAUUAGGGUAACACCUAAUAUUAGUUUAAAUCACAAACGUCACUUAAUGCAUGUUAAUUAAAACAAAUACUCAUGUAUCUUAAUUAAAAGGCUGGAAAAAAAUGUAUUUGGAGACCCCCAAAAAAAAAGAGAAACAAGUUUCUGUGACUAUGAAGUGAUGAACGACUGUGAACAGGGAAUCAAAGACAGGUGCAGAUUAUCAUUUGUUGUUGUUUUCUGCUCUGACCAGGAUCAUGUCUGCUCUCUUUUUUCUUCUGCUCAUCAAUACAUGGGAAACAAUCAUUUAAACCAUUUUUUGUUUGUUUGUGACACACACAGUUUUAUGACAUCAUUCCGAUCCAUCGUGCAGAUGUGUAAAAAUAAUAAAUACAUGAAUAAAUAUGUGUAAAUAUAUAAAAGGGCAAAUAAAAUUCAGCAAAUAAGGUUUGCAUUUUAGGGGCCAAAAAGCCCAAAACAACAGACAAUAACAAUGGACAUUUUUAAGCCUUAAGAUGUGAGAGGAAAGUCGGUUGCCAACAUCAGUAACUAUAAACUACUGGACACGUUGGAGAGAAUUUCAAAUGGAAUCAACUUGUGAUUUUUUUUACGAGUGUAACAGCAAAAUUAAAAUAUAAUUUUAAAACACGAAAUGCUUGUGUAUCUACGUGCAAGGCGGUACAGAAAAAAAAGAGAGCGUUCAUGAUCCGACAUGGUCUCAGGAGGUUUAUACAGUGGAGGUGGAGGAAAGGGACGAAGGGAAGCAGGUGGAGGUAGAGAGGUGAUGGAUGAUAGAUGGAUGAUAGAUGGAUAAGAACGACAACAGGCGGGUGUAUGGAAGGAUGGAAAGGAACAUGAGCGGGUUUGGGUUGAACAAACAUGGAGACGACUGUGAAUCCACCGGGCGAUGGUGUACAAAGAUGUAACUAGGCAAAGUGUGCGACUGUGAACUUCAGUGUGAAUGUGUGAGACAGUGAAUGCGAGUGAGUGAGUGAGUGUGUGGGCAUGACAGGAAAUGAGCUGAUUCUAUGGAAGUAAACCUGUCACACCUGAUGUUGAAUUUUAAAAACCUAGUACUGAUUUGUGUGCUCGGGAAUUAUACAUUUGCCUUUUCACAUUUAUGUACCAAUGUUUAAAAAAAGGGAUUCAAGGUUUAAAAUUGUACCAAAAAAUACCAGGUUUAAAACAAAUGUGUUAUCAAUGACUACAUUUAUAAAAACAAAAGCUUUCCACUCACAUUUGUGGUGCAACUAUUACCACAAGGUGGCAGCAGCAAGCAUGCCGUUAGUGGAGUUUAUGUGUAUUUGCGCAAGUGAUGAAAUUUACGAGGUUUCUUGAAGGCAUUUUGAAGCCGUUCCUCUCAGACUAACACAAUGUGGAUCCCACAGAAGUAAUUCAAUUUAAAAUAUUCAAAAUAAAAUUAUCCUGUACAUUAAACGUGUUUUGGGAUUACAAGGUUCUGGACCAAACCAACAUUAAUUUAAGCCAGAAUCUAUUGCUUUUCCUUGCUAUAUUUAUCAGAUUUUUUUUUCCUCACAUUUGUAAAAAAAAAAGUAUCAAAAAUACUAUAUUAUUUGAGUAUUUCUACCUUGAACUUUUAAAUUGGAUCAUAAAAAAAAUACUGAAAAUUAAACGAUGUUGAACAUUUAAAAAAAAUUCUAUACAUUAAUUAUAUAAGAAAGAACUUUCAAACAUCAUAAUCUGGUGAGACAGAAUUACUUCCAUACAUUUCUACCGAACACCACAAUAAUACAGUUUCAUCUUCAGCUUUUAAAUAUUCCUCAAGAGAAGCAGACAAACCUGUUUGUUGUUUUAUUUAUUAAAUGUGUACGUGUCAGACGUAGUGUAGCUCAAUUUUGACAGAAAUGUAUGAAAAAUUAAAAUAAAUAGUAUUAGUUGUUUCUAAGUGUAAUGGAGUGGCAGGAGAGAGGGGAAACAAGGAGGGCAACGUUUAAACAACACAGGUGAGAUUUAAAAGGAAAUAACAAUAACAAGCUUUAAAAAAUUAAGAAAUGUAAAAAAAAAAUAAAGAAAAACCCAAAAAAAACAACAAAAAAAACAGUAAAUCUCACCGUGUUUUAAAAUUUUGCCUCCACAGAUUAAUUUGAUCAAAACAAAAAUGCCAACCAAACAAACCAGUGAGACUCCAAGUCAAAAGGUCAAACUGCAAAGUAGCUGUCAAUCACACUGAGAGAUAACGAUCGCGACAAAGAUACAAUGAGGCUAAUUUAACGUGACUCAUGAAAUUGGCUGAAUCCCUCUGUAUUUGUGUGUGUAUUUGUGUUGGUGGUUUCUGUGGGGUUUCACUGAAUAAAGACAAUCUGACUAAAAAAACA